GAAAUUGAUCAUAUCGAAUCAAUUCAAGGUGCCAAAAUGAAGAGUUUUAAUGACAACAAAAAUUACCAAAACACACACUUGUCAAUUAUCAUACUUCCAAAUUUCUCUCUCCUCCGUCUUUUCUUAAUCCCAGCUCUCUUUUACACCUCAUAUCUUCCCUCUCCUUUCUCUUUCCUCGCCAUCUCUGUCGUGGACUAGUACUACUGCACUACUAUUCUUCCAAGAAAUGUCCAAACCCCAUUAAAACCCUCUAAUCAAUACAACCCACAAUAAAUUCUUGCUAAUUUUGUACAUUUCCAUUUCAAUUUUGCAAUUUGCUUCUGAAAUUGAAUGGCUAUAUCACUAUCUUCAUCGUUGUCAUCGUCUCCAGCUUUCUCGUUUCUGCAAUCAAAACCCCAAAUCACAAACAAUUUCUUGUCAAUUUUAUCUAAUUACCCUCUAAACUGCUCUAAUUUAUGUCUAAGAAUCAAAAGGAAGGCAAUUAAAGGGAGUAAAAUUUCUGGGUAUUUGCAGAAUUUGCAUAAAAGGGGUAAUAAUGGUGGUUUUAAUGGUGGAUUAUCGGUGUAUAUGUGCUCAACGACGCCGUUUAUUGGAUUUGGAAGGAGAGUUGGAUUGCAUAGAAGAUUAGGAAAUGUUUCUUUGUUAUCAUUUGGAGGUGAUACUAGUAAUCAGAUAUCAAGUGAUGAUUCUAAGGAUGGUGUUUCUCAGAAUUUGUCGGCAAUUCUUCCAUUUGUGGUUGUUGCCACCGCAGUCGUCGCCCUCGCUCAACCAGCCUCUUUUACUUGGGUAUCAAAAGAAUUAUAUGCCCCUGCACUCGGUGGGAUCAUGCUGUCUAUCGGAAUCAGAUUAUCUAUAGAUGAUUUUGCUCUUGCUUUUCAAAGGCCUUUGCCUCUUACUCUUGGGUUUUUGGCCCAAUACGUGGUAAAACCAGUCCUUGGUGUAUUAAUUGCUCAAGCAUUUGGGGUAUCACCUAUGUUCUAUGCAGGCUUUGUCCUCACAGCAUGUGUGUCAGGUGCUCAACUAUCUAGCUAUGCCACCUUCUUGAGCAAAGGGGACGUGGCAUUGAGCAUUUUGUUGACUAGCUCCUCAACCAUUGCAUCAGUUAUCUUUACUCCUCUUUUGACACGCCUUCUUAUUGGGUCCGUUGUUCCUGUUGAUCCUGUUGCUAUGUCUAAGUCUAUACUGCAGGUAGUUCUUGUUCCUAUCAGUCUUGGUCUAUUGCUGAAUACCUAUGCCAAAGCAGUUGUCAACCGUCUUCAACCAGUGAUGCCCAUUGUAGCUAUGGCUUGCACUUCAUUGUGUAUUGGUAGUCCCCUUGCAAUAAAUUGUAGUCGGAUUCUUUCUGCUGAAGGUUUUCGUUUGAUUGCCCCAGUGUUGGCAUUUCAUGCUGCGUCUUUCACAUUAGGGUAUUGGCUCUCCAAACUACCAAAUCUGAGGCAGGAGGAAGAAGUUUCCAGGACAAUCUCACUGUGCACGGGGAUGCAAAGUUCGACCCUAGCUGGGCUUCUUGCUACCCAGUUUCUUGGUAGUAGUCAAGCCGUUCCAUCCGCAUGUUCUGUAGUUGCUAUGGCUAUCAUGGGUCUUAGCCUUGCCUCCUUUUGGGGCAAUGGCCUACGGAUCAGAGGCCUACAAAGCUCAAUUACUCCCUGGUUUGAGUCAAAGGUUAAGGCUUCUUGAUGCUACAUUAGUGAAGUUUGCCAACGUUCAUAGGCCUUAAAGAAGAAUGAUGGUCAGUUCUUCAGCUGAUUACCUUUUUCUGAUGGCUAAAAGGUGAAGCAACAGCACUUUAACUGCUAUGAUAUGAACAUAUAGUGCAAGGCUAUGGAAGUUCCCCAAAUCUAAUGCCAAAGACUUCUAUAACGUGCUUUGGUAUGUCAAGCUAGUCUACAUCGUUGGUGUUAACAUCUUUAUUUCUCUAUGCUUGGGAUGUAUAGUUAAUAAAUGUGCUAGAUAGCUUGUAUAGAUCAAAAUAUGUUUGUAGUUACACGUGUAGUGAAGCAGGAAUUAUAAAAUGUCUCUAAUAGUAAAAUGUGAGAAGAAAGUCAGGGUGAGUAAAUAAAACCUGUCUUUUAAAUUCUCAAGUGAUUACCACUUAAGUUCA